AACGACAACAACAACAUUUGACGUCAUCACGGCGCGACAGCUCCUUCCAAGUCGGCUCGUGCAUGUAAACAUCGGGACAGAGUGAACAGCUGAUCGACACGUUGGGGUUGAAACUGUCUUUCAGCACAGUGGGACCUCCCGCUGCAUCCCCCCCCCCCCCUGAGGCGGUGGCACCUCCCGCUGCUCCCCGGCCCGCGGUGCCCUCAGCUCGGUCACAGAUGGAGCAGCUGCCUCCUGAAGUGUGGGUGCACGUGUUCAGCUUCCUGAGCCCGGAGGAGAAGCACACGGUCCGCCGCUGCUGCCGCUGCCUCCGGAGGCUCAUCGACCACGGCUCCCUGUGGCGGGACCACACGGUGGUUCUGUCCGACCUGCGCCGCUACACCUACGGCUUCUGGGACACGCUGCGCCACCGCAAGCUCACCCGGGUGUCGGUGCGACACCUGCGGCGCAAAGAGUGGCGGCGGCUCGUCCGGUUCCUCCCGUCGCUCACCGCCAUCGUGUUCGUGGACGGGGGCCGGUUGUACAGGGAGCGGUACCUGGAUCACCUGGCCCGGUUCCCGGAGCUGAGGGACCUCGGGGUGCGGAACGCCGCCUGGGACGAAGCGAUGCUCGGCCGGAGCGUGAGCGAGCACCUGCGGGAGCGACUCACGCACCUGAGCGUGUGCAACGUGCGGCUGCCGUGCACGGAGCAGUUCAUCAGCACCGUGUGUCACCUGGUCAACCUGCGGUACCUGCUCUUCCACCAGCAGGGGGAGGGCUACGGGCUGGACACGGUGAGGCCGGUGCCCUGCGGGGUUUUCCACCGGCUGCUGCGGGACCUCAGCAAGCUCCGGCACCUGUCGUGGGGGAUGAGGGGGGAACCUCCGGAGCCGCUGCCCGACGAUUACCUGAGUCCCCUUGAGCCAGGAUCGAGCCGGUAUGGCGGCCCGGCGCUCACCAAUCUGGAGCUGGUGGAUUACCCAGAAACCCUCCUGCCGGAGAACGCCCUGAGGAGCCUGACCUCGCUCAGGUCGCUGACUGUUCGCUACAGGUACAUCAGAGAGGGGAUCCAGUGUCGCCUGACGUCCUGGCUCAGUCCUCUGCAGCAGCUGGAAACUCUCAAGAUCAUCGGUGGUAAUUCUCUCGCCACAUAUACGACCACCAUCCCGUCCAGCGUGACCAGACUGAUGCUGCGUGUGGCCAUAACUCUGAAAGACAUGGACUCCAUCGCUCCUAAGGUGCCGGCGCUCGAGCACCUGGACAUCGAGCAGAACCGCUCCAGCGGCAGCCUCUGCAGACGGAUCCCCAUGUUGUUCCCUCAGCUCCGGACGCUCAGGAUACGGUUUUUCCGCCGAGAACCAGAGAAAGACCUGCUGAGCCUCCACCGGCUGCGACACCUGGUGCAGCUGGAGCUGCUGGUGGAGCGCUCCUACAUCCUCAGAGAUUACCUGAACGGUCACCCCUGGCCCAGCCCCUGCGUGCAGGAGCUGAUCGACCAGCUCCGCGAGCUGUCGGAGAACCGGAUCACCGUGAUCACCACGAUGCGCCAGAGAAACCCUCUGCGAGAGUGUGACUGUGUGUGGGAGGGGGACUGAAGAGCGGGAGUGAAAACUGGGAAAUCAGUUUUUAUUCUCCUGAAGCGAGAAGAGGACGGAGUCGGGGACAAAGGAGUACGUCUGUCGACGGCGACAGAUGGUGCCUGUUUUCUUUUGAAGGAAAAGGUUUGAAGACUAAUGAGACGUAAUGAAAGUCGUCAGAUGUUAGAAUCUUGUGAUAAUCAAUGGAACUGAAGAUUAGAGCAAACUUGGGCCUUAAAACAUGAAAAUGAAGCCCUGGCGACUCUGGGAUUUAUGAGCUCUGAGCAAACCAGCAAAGUGAAGUUUGAUCGAGGAGGAGAUCCAGAGAACGGACGGACGACUCAGCUCUGACUGAAAUAAAAUAAUCAAAUAUCAGUUGACCAGCAGGAACCAAACGAGGCCGGGAGCUGGGGCUGGGUUUUGUAACUGGUUCCACAACAGAUCCAGUUGUUUGCAAACUAACCAACAUUCAUGAAGCUCCAUCACUUCAUCAUCAAGUAACGUGAGAAUAAACAGGUGGUAGAGUCAGCUGUUAUUUCAGUCUGAUCAAUAAUCAUCGUUUCAGCGGAUCACAGCCUUAGUUUCUUACAACUAUCCACUGAUGCGUCAUAAAUAGAAUGUGUAGAUGCAGCUUCAUCAGUAUUUGUCACAACUGUAAGAACUAAUUAUUUCUUUCCUUUUGGUGAAUGAAUGCACGAUCAUAGUUUAUCAUGUUGUUUCUCAAAUUGUUCAAAUAAAAGGGAAAAGUAAAGCCCAGAUAAGAAGCUGAGCACAAACACACAAACACAGAAACACAGAAACACACCGUCUAAAGUUUAAAUUAAAUUACUCAUUUAUUAAUUUAAUUUAAUUCAAAUGAGUCAUUUUAUUCUACCAUGUCAUAUGAUGUUGUUUUCAGAAGCAUCAUGUUUGGGUUGUGUGAGCUUUUAAUUUCUAUGUAUUUAGUUUUUUUUAUCUUAUUUCAUCACAAUUUACAGAAAGAAUGAAUAUUUAUUUGUUUCUGUGCAGCGACAGGAGACUGAAUCCUGCAGCAGGAAGACUUUUUAAAAUAAAAAAACCUGUGUAUAAUUUCAUUGUUCUGUUUUUCAAGUUUAUCAGGUCACAACAUUGAGUAGAACUGUGUAUGCUGAAAAUAAAAUAUAUAAUGUGUAUCAUUUACAUGUGCAGUUAUUCUUAAAUUCUGUUAUUUAUUUAGCCCAAGGAAAGGACUCUUUAUUUCUGUUUUAACUUUGUCAGUUUGAUGUUAAACCGAACAUCUGUGCUAAUAAGAGAUGAUGAUAAAAUCCA